CCUCCCCCAGAUGAGAGCACGCUACUCGCUGUCCUGCCUGUUCCUGCUGAGCCUGGGCGCCUGCUUCCCCCCGGGCGAGCGCUGGGAGCCGGCGCAGCCCGGGGAAGGGGCUCUGCUGGGUCCCGGCUGGCACACGGAGGGCCGGGGCGCCGGCUGGAGGGCAGCCCCGAAGCGGCGGAGGAGCGAGGAGGAGCGGGACGCGCUGCUGAGCAUCGCCCGGGAGCUGCUCGGGACGCGGCCGGGCCGGAGCGGCGGCCCCGAGGCGCUGCCCGCGGGAGGGGAGAAGCGCAGCGGAGCCCUGGGCAGCCUGGCGGAGGAACUCACCGGCUACAACAGGAAAAAAGGGGGCUUCACCUUCCGCUUCGGGAGAUGA